UAAAAAGAGGUUCAAAAAACAACUGGAGCAUUCUUUAUUGCUCAGAACGUGCUCAUCAUGCAACGUGCUCGAUAACAACAGACAGCAGCACCUACCCCGCACUACGCUGCACCAUUUUCAAGGCCACAUCUUUCAGUAGGCUGCAAGCAGCCGGCGAGGCCGCACGAUGCCAGUCCCGCGAUGACAACACCACGCGAACACCGUCCCAACGACACUGUUGAGUUAUUACCACUGAAGUCGGCGCUAGUCAACAACAAUUAUAAAGAUGAAGACGCGUAUUACCCGCCAGCUCUUAACAAUAAUCCUUCGAGCUCCAACCUCUAUGACUAUACCUUAUUGUCGAAGAGGACGCCGGCCUCUAAAAGAUUACUAUCGCGCACCCAACAGCCAACGCCGACGCCGAUGUUGACGUUAUGCGGCGCGCCGCCCCCCUCAAGGAAACGAGAGGAGUUGACCGCGCUAGCCAACCUCAGGAAGAAGGUGUCGCCUGCUUUGCUGCAGCCAGAAAGGAACGCCUACAAAAAUGACAAUGAACAGAACAAGACCACUAUCGAAGAGCCUUUAGACAACAGGCCUAAACUUUUACAAAAGGUUCUGCAGUCUAGGCCAGUGAGUAUGGUGGUGCAAUGGAGCGAGGUCCGCACAGCUUGGCAAGACAGCGACUUCAUCACGGAGUGUUUGUGCUGGCACAACGUUUAUCGCCAACGUCACGGCUCCCCGCAGCUCUAUAUGGCACCUGAGCUUUGCGACUACGCCCAAGCGUGGGCAAACCACCUAGCCCAUACAAACAAGUUUCACUACAGGAAUGACCGCGAUGUUGGUCAGAACUUGUAUCAACGGCCUGUCAGCGCUUUGCAGCCUGACGUCACAGGCCAAGAAGUGUCUUCCUAUUGGUAUGCAGCAGUACGCCAGUAUAGUUAUUUUAAAGAGCCCGAUGUUUUACACGCCAACGUCAAUGCAGGUCAUUUCACCCAAAUGGUAUGGGUAGCGACAACAUUCUUCGGGGUCGGGAAAGCUCGCUCCAGGGACGGCAAAGUCAUCGUCGUGGCGAACUACUCCCCUCCAGGCAACAUGUCCGGCCAGUUCGAAGCCAACGUCCUCCCCCCACUUCCUGAGAACUUCCCCGAUAUCCCCACUCCCCCGCAACACUGACGACGGCUAUCCAUACGUGGCAGAAGGCUCAAGAUCGACGCCACGUUUUUACAUUAAUGCUCGACAUCUUAGCUGGUUACCAUGGUUACCAGGUGGUCGUAGUCAACAGUGUUUGGUAAUUUGGGGGGAAAUGCAAAAAUUCAAUUAAUGUUGUGAUGAUUUUGAGAGAAUUGAGCUAGUGUGGCCUAUUGAAAAUUUAAGAUUAUUUAAAUGUCGGUUAUUCUUCCAAAUGUUAAAAAAUCGAACAAGAUUUUACGGAGGAAAUUCUGAUUUGGAACUCUAAAGAAAGCAGUAUUUAGGUACCGAGUCUUAUGUCAAUAUGCAAGGAGGUUACAUAGCGCAUAAAUUCAUUCUCCAUCGACACAGCAACAAGAACGCACCAAAUAGGUAUAAUAUUCCGUCUCGAAUCACGCCGCCGUCCGCUUAGCUGAGCUAAUACGUUCCGGUUCAAAAUAGUGCCCAAAAAGAUUCUUAUCGGUUUUCAAUAGAUGGGUGUUAAGAAAUUGAAUUUCACCCUUCCUCUAUUCAUCAUAUUUUCUGUGAUAACAAAGCGGUCGCUACUCACGCAAUACAUCAAGCUCAAAGCUAGUAUCAAAGGUAUUGGAAAAGAUUUAAAAUCUAUUUCGUGACCAUUCUUAUAAUUUGGCAACACUGGCAUAGGGCUGAGUUAUAAUAGCAAAAUAUAGAACAUUUAUUGGAAGCCACCAUUACUCCUUAAUUUCGGCCACUUUAAAUUAAAAACGCUUAUGUAAAUUCAAGUAACUUACAUGAACAUAAUCAUCAAUCAUUAUAUUGAUGCUAAAUACAGUCUAAUGUUAUAUUUGCAAAUGAAAUGAUGAACCCAGACCGGGAAAGAAAAAAUGACUCGGGAAUGUUCUUGAUAGAUACUGUAUUUAAUCUAAAUAGAACCUUGUUAUUGAUCUUUGAAGUUUAAAUUAGAAUAGAAAAAGGUUGUUUUGCUCGAGCUUGAUUUUGAUAAAGUUAUUUAUAACAUAGAAGCAAUACAGUCAUACGCACAUUUUUAGGGAAUAAAGUUAUUAAAUAUAAGUUAACGCAAAUUGCAAGUAGGCACAAAAUAUAGGUAACAAUAAUAUUUUUUAAAUCAUAGAGUUCAAGGACCUAAGAAAACCAGGCACAGGACAUAGACAGAAUCUCUUAUUGGUGGAGGUAUGUUGCAGUCAAACAGAAACUUCAGACUCGCUAAGUUAUUCAGUAUUCCAACAGAAAGCAGAGGUAGACGAAGGUCUUUGCGAGGAAGUGGUGGUUGCUUUUCUACUGUUUGAAAGUAUCACCUAAAAUAUACUUAGGUCCUACCUAGACUGUAGGUCCUCAAAUGAAAGUCAAUAUUCGAUAAGUAGACAUGCCAACAAUGAAAUAACGAAAGAAUCGCCAUUAGCUUAGGAAAUUAAAGUAGGUUGUCGUUCCCUAGAAGGUCCUAAAACAAAAAAACGCAUAAUUAGAAUAGGAUUCAUUACAAUGAUCGCAGAUGUACGUUAGCCUUAUUAGAUUUUGUUGGUGCUUAAAAGUCAAUAUAAUACCUAAUAAUUGAAAUACGUAUAACGCCACAUAAAUUAAUUGUAAUAUGGAAUUAUUUAAUCACGUUACCACAAUAAAGUAAAAUAAUUACUGUCGUUAGAUUAAGAAAUCCCUUCAAAAUUAUAUUUAGAAAAAAAUGAAGUGCAUCGUCCAUGAAAGCACGUUAUAUUCAAAUUACACAGACACCAAUACGAAUCUCAUGAGAAUAUAACUUAAUAAAUUAUAAGUGUACUAGCAAAAUGUAUUAUUUUAAUAGAAUAUUCAUAGACGAUUUUUUUUUUAUUGUGACGUGAAUUCGUGGAUGAAGAUUUCUGUAGAAGCGGCGUAGAGCCACUUCAAGCAAAGGUGGCGCCACUGUCUUCAUAAUUAUUAAAAUACGUUUUUUUUUAUGAAUUCAAAUGAAUCUGUCGAUAUUGUAAUUGAAUAUAAAAUGGCGCCACUUUAGCCAUUGAUUUGAAAAUGUUCUUCCUUUUGUUUAAAAAAACCCGUCUUCCUAAAGGUUGAUGAUAAUUAUAAUGUACACUUGUUAAGUUUUUCCUGUUAUGACGUAUAAUGCUUUGUACGAGUGUGUUAAGAAUUUUAGAAAAAGAUGAUUGCGUGAUUAAUUCAAUGUUAAGAUACAUAAUAUCAUUAAUAAGUGCAAUAAAGUCUACGAGACAAGAUCUCGUGAUGUGGUAUGUCAAGAUACAUGGUUCUCUAUAUUUUACUAAAAUUAUGCUGCAUUCGUAACAGCGGAAAUAGCUUUGCCAUUGCCACAAACGUCAAUUGAACAUCUUUGUCCGGUUCCGGCACGCAAUUUCUUUUUCCGGGAUUACUUAUUUUGCGAUUGGAACAAUCAAUUAUAGAACUCAUUAUUUAAUGUAAUUUUAAGUAUACAUGAGAGAAAAUAUAAUAUUUUGUAUUUAGAUUUAAUAUUGCCAAAGGCCCGUUGAAAAGCAUAAGUCAUUGUUUGGACGAUUAAUAAUGAAAGUCUUUCGUAUAAAUUGUUAGUUAGUGCAAAUUUAGUAGUCCUCUGAUUGACUUCUCUUAUAUUAUUUCGGUCUAAUUUAUCAUGUUGAAACUGUUUAAACUAUGUAGUUAUUAGAAAAAAGGCUUAAAUUCAAUCUAUACCUACUUCAGAAAAUUGUACCUAUCUUUACUACUUUCAAAAUAAAAUUCUACUUGUAGUAUCUAGCUUAAGCUUGUUUUUAGACUUUGAACUUUACUGCACAUGCUUUUAGGGCACAGAUCUAUACACUAGGCCUACUCAUUUGUUUGUUGAUAGUAUUUUUAAGCUUUCUAACUACCCUGAUAUUUGGAACAGGGAAGCUGUUUUUAGAUAUUUGGUAGAUUUUAAAUAAUUAGUAUUUAGAUACCUACUUACAGGAAUGUUAUACUGUUUAGUGUGCUGAUGAUUUUAAUGCACCUGAUUGCAGCGUGGCAUCAAAGAGGUACAUGAUACACAGUGGGAACUUACAAUUGGGCAUGUUGCAAUCAGGAAUUUAAAGUCAAAAGCCCUUUUAGAACUACACAAUGUGCCAAAUUGUUGCAUCUAUGGCCUACUUACCAUUCUGAUAAUUAAUUAAGCCAUCACAGCAGUAUUAUGACACAUUAAAAAUCUUUAGACAAAUUUAUUUCUUUAGAUUACUCUCUAUUAUUUUAUUUUGCAUUUGUUGUUAUUUUCGGUGAUGGUAUAUUUCCUGUUUCUAUUUUCUAGCCUCUUCUCCAAAAGUA